AUCAAGGCAGUGAUACAAUUGAGAAAUGGAGGUAUAAUCAUGGAGCUAAACACCGAAGAAUCAGCUAAAUGGCUGCGCACUGCAGAAGCCAGAACGAAGCUGACCGCAGCACUCAAGAUUCCGAUCAACUUCCGUGACCAAACUUACGCCCUAAUAGUCCAAUAUCUCCCUACUACUCUUCAUAUCGACAGACCUCAGUUCCUAAGACUCGUGGAAGAAGAGAACCUGCUCAAGACAGACAGCCUAGCCUCUAUACGCUGGAUCAAAGCACCCGAACGCCGACCCCCAGGUCAACUUACUGCAUUUGCUAUGCUCCAGGUCUCAGAUCCCGCCACGGCCAACCAACUCCUC